AGGAUCGCUUCAUUGCAAAGAAAGCGAAAUUAGAUUUGGCAGUCGAUACACGAGGAAAAGAAAAGUUUUGCAGGAAGUGCUUCUUGACAGCUAUCAGAGAAAGUGGAACACAUUGUCCUCUCUGCCGGGGCAGCGUGACUAAAAAAGAAAGAACAUACCCCAAAAGGGCUCUAGAUGUUGAAAACAGUAUGAAGAAAGCUUCUGGGGGCUGUAGAUGCUGUGAGAAGCAGGUUAGAUUUUCGUGGAUGAGACAGCAUUAUAAAACAUGUAAGAAGUAUCAGGAUGAAUAUGGUGUUUCUUCUAUUAUUCCAAACUUACAGAUUUCCCAAGAUUCAACAGGGAACAGUAGCAGAAGUGAUGCAAUAUCUGAUAAUGGCGAGAUGGUUAAUAAUCAAAUACUUCAAGGAGAAACAAGUAGACAUCCAACCUUCAAAUGCCCCCUGUGUCAGGAAGCCAAUUUUACCAGACAACGUUUGCUGGAUCACUGUAAUAAUAGACAUCUUUAUCAUAUAGUUCCUGUAAUCUGUCCUAUUUGUGUAUCUCUUCCUUGGGCAGAUACUAACCAGGUUACUAGAAAUCUUGUUAGCCAUCUAAAUCUAAGACACCGGUUUGACUACGGAGAAUUUGUGAAUCUUCAGCUUGAUGAAGAAGCCCAAUACCAAAAUGCAGUUCAAGAAUCCUGUCAUGUGAACUUUUAAAGUAUAUCCCCCUUCGUCUUACUGAUUAUCUGAG